ACUAGAUAUAAUAUUUAAUAAAUUUUUUGUUUGAUAAAAUUAUUGACAAUAUACUUAAGCUAACAGUUUGGAGUGUUUUCUUUUAUACUUAUAAAAAAAAAUGCAAAAAAAAUGUAAAAAAACUCUACUGUUUGUGAAAUUCCCAUUAGAAUAUACAAUAAAAUGUAUUCUGUUAAUUCUAGGUUAUAUUGUUUAUUUUAAGUGAUAUAAAAUUACAAAUUCUUGACAUUAUAGAUGCAACAAUAAAGUUACAAAUCAUUCUUUAUUGUUAACAAUGCUUUUUUCAUAAUUUUGAUUUCUUUUAGUGAAAAAUGAAUUGAAAUAAAAUGGGAAAUUGUUUUAAAGGAAUCAGUGAAAUAUUUAACAAAAGAAAUCAAACAAGUCUUGGAAAGAAUAGAAAAAACCUUGGGAGAAGAGAUAGCGAAAGUCAAGAUUUCGAAGAAAUUAGCAAAGGACCACCACAGAGCAUUUUGUUGAAUAAAGUAGAAUUAAAAGAUUCUGCUACAGAAACAGAUGAUAAACUUUUUUCACUUGCCGAAAAUUUAGUAAAUAUGAACACGAAUUCAUACAAUGAAAAAAUUCCACCAAUUCUCAGAUACAGAGACAGCAUGGACAUUAUUAUGGACAGAUUGAGAAAUUCGGAAAUCGAGUCACCAACCAUUUCUUCUUAUGAAAUCAAAGAUAAUGAUGUUAGUUUAUUAAACUUACAAUUUCUUAUAUAAAUAUACAUCGUAUAAAACUUAUCAGAGAAAUAUUUAUUUACAGAACAAAGCAAUAAACGUUCAAAUCGAUGAAGAAUCCGUCGAUCUUAACAGCGAUGAUAAUUCAAUAGUAGUAAAUGGAAAUAAUUAGUAUAAGGUGCUGGAAAAAAUUAGAAAAAUAAAUUUAUCAAUAUUCUCAAUUGUGCUUUUGUAAACUCCUUCCAUAUUAACUUUUACUAAUUUAGAUUGCUGUUAC